UGAGAUGUAUUUUAAUUAUUUUCAGUUUAGGAUCUGAUGGAUUCGUUUGAACACGAUGGAAAUGGUGCGACAGAAGCUUUGCCGCCUCCCCCACCUGUUCCACCAAAUAUUGUUCCAUUGCAAGCAGAACCAGAUCAUGCGCCUGAACCAGUUAAGAAAAAGGUCAUGCGUGUUCCAAUGACUAGACGUGGCCAGGGAUCCAAGGGGCAAAAGGUUCCGCUCCUAACUAAUCACUUCAAAGUGAAUGUAACCAAUGUUGAUGGGCACUUCUUCCACUACAGUGUUUCGGUCUCUUACGAAGAUGGCCGGCCGGUAGAUGGCAAGGGUGUUGGAAGAAAAGUGAUUGAUAGAGUUCAUGAGACUUAUGACACGGAGCUAGCAGGAAAGGACUUUGCUUAUGAUGGCGAGAAGAGCUUGUUUACAGUUGGUCCCCUUCCUCGGAACAAGCUUGAAUUCACUGUUGUGCUUGAGGAUAUAUCGUCAAACAGAAAUAAUGGUAAUCGCAGCCCAGGAAGUCCUAAUGAGAAUGACCGAAAGAGACAACGACGACCAUAUCAAUCUAAAACUUUUAAAGUGGAGAUAAGCUUUGCUGCUAAAAUUCCUAUGCAGGCAAUUGCAAAUGCAUUGCGUGGUCAGGAGUCGGAGAACUCUCAAGAAGGCUUAAGAGUUCUUGAUAUUAUCCUGAGACAGCAUGCAGCAAAACAGGGUUGCCUUCUUGUUCGUCAAUCU